AGCAGAAACAAAAACAAAACGUUGAAAAAAGGGCAGAACGGAAGGAAGUGAACAAGUAGGAGGAAAGGAAGUAAUAACGAAAAAUACCUCGCGAGCUGCUUCUACUCGCUAAAGCCAAGGGUAAGGUGUUAAAACGUUAACGGUUCUUCUGCACAUUUCCCUUUUGCUGUUAAUGCAAACUAAAAUGGAAGAGGAAAAGUGAGAAUAGCAUACGAAAAAAGCACAGCAAGAAAUAACCAAAACACAAACAAACAACACAACAAACAAACGGCAAAUACGCCCCAAAGCGUUGAGGUAUUUCAAGAACCACAGCAACAGCAACAAAAUUUAUACUAAAAAUACAAAUUACACAAAGCGCUUAAGAGCAAAACACAUCAGCUAAGGCAGAAGCGAAGCGAGGAGGAAGAGGCAGCCAUUGGCAGCAAACAACAAUAAAAAUACUCAAAAUUACAUAUAACGAAAUUAAAAACGAAAAAUAACGUAGCGAAAGUAGCAGCAAUGGACAGCUGCUGGUGAUGCACAUUGGCAAAAAAAAAAAGAAGAAAAUAUCAGAAAAAGCAAUUACUUAAUAAAAAUCUGAAAAGUGCGACAAAGGAAAUUUCCACACAAAAACAAGCACCCACGAGCGAAAAACCAACAAGGCACAACACAGCCGAACAAAGAGUCGACAUGAUUGAAAAAUUUAUUUAUCAAAAUAUAAGCAAUACUUAAUAUUACCACGCAGCAAUAAGCAUACAAAAAACAAUAAACUAAAACAAAAAAACAACAAUAAACUAAAAAAACAACUGCAAACAAAAAAAAACUGUGUCUCAAACUUUUUCUUGCUUUAUUUCUAAAGCAUUUCAUUGCAAAUUCUUAGUCAUAGCAUAACCUUUUACCAGCGUAAGCGUGAAUUUUUCCUUAGCUCAAUUUUCAAACAAUUUGUAAUGUAUAAAAUAUAGAGUCAUAGAACUAUACAGAAAAACGGCAAAAAAUAGUGUAAUUUCAUUUCACAAUUGCAGCAUUUUUAUACAAGUCUCGCCAUUCCGGCAGCACAUGAAGUAAAUGAUAAAACACGAACAGCUCAAGUGCAGGCAUUGCAUAUUAACUGCAGCGCAUAACUAAAACACCACAAGACGAACAAAUAGCCUAAAGCAAAUAAAACAAAAACACUACUAAAAUAAAAAAAAAUAAAAAAAACAGCCCGCAAUACAGUCAUCAUUCCAUUCGAUAACGACAACAAAACAAAGUGAAAAAGAAUAUCAAGAAAUUAUCAAAUAAAUAAUAUCAAUAGCAAAUACAUAUAUAUAUACCCACACACACUAUCACACACUGGUCGCACUCCAUCCGCGAGUGUAGUGCUCGCAGCACUCUGAGCAUUAUACGCUGGGAGCACUGAGACCACACUCUCACCGUCCGAAACUGUCAUACGUGCGCCCCGCUCACACACCCGCAGACACACGACGCUCCUACCUAGCUCAGCCACCCUUGAAGGAGAACACAACUACUCCCGCCGACUGGCGCUGCUGCUGCUGCUGCUGAAACACAACUCAACUCAAAACUCAGCAAUUGUGCCGCGUCGUACGGCAGCGAAGAGCGACAAUAGCGCUGUGGCGGCCCACCACCCAACACCAACCAAGCAACCAGCCAAGUCAAGUAACCAACCGCGCGAGCGAACAAACGUGCGGAGUCAAUGAGACAACGACGAGUCAGCCGCCGUCAGUCAGUGAGAUAAAGCUUAAACAGCGCCGAAAUCCAAAAGGAAGAAGUUUAAAUUAAUAUUGAACUUUGUUGAACCGUGACAAUUGACCACCAAUAAUCGUGGCCGCAAGUUCUCCAGCGCUCUUACAAAAAAUAUAAUAAAACUACGCACAUAAUAAAGAUAAAACAGCAAAAGAAGUUCGCUCUAGAACCGUUCGUUUAGGGAAAAAGUGAAAGCAUAAAAUCGAAUGUAAAAAGGAACUAAAAACGCAAAACGCCAUAGCAUUGAAUACCAGCAGACAAUAAGGCGAAUAAAAAGUGUGGUCCUGUGAUGGUGUAGUGGUGAGGAACGAGUAGAAAAAAAAGAAAACAAGAACAAGAAGAAGCACACAAGCAAAAUAAAUUUUCGAAGCACAUUUGUGUGGACGAGCAUGCAAAGCUACCAAGUGUGAACCAAUGUGUUAAGACACAAUUUAUAAUACUUAGUAAAAAAUAAAAAAAAAGGGCAAUAACUCAAAAAACAUAAGUGGAGACAUUCAGUUAAAAAUAUUGUGAGUCUGGUUGACAACGUAAAUUCCGCCAUUUAACCUAACUAAGUAGCAUUAAGACAAAACAAAAUAAAAUGGGUGAUACAAAUACUCUGGGUUCCGGUACGCGUCUACGUAAAUUCGAUCGCACGGACAGUGAAGUUGCGUGCGAAGAAGCCGCCCGCCUUACCGCCGACCUGCAAGAGGGCGCCGUCAGUCCGGACGACGAGGACGACCUCAGCGAGUAUGGCGAGCUGCCACCACCGCCGGACGGUGGUUACGGUUGGGUCAUCUGCUUUGCAUCGUUUAUGUGCAACAUGAUUGUCGACGGCAUCGCGUACACAUUUGGCAUAUUCCUCGGUGAAUUUGUAAAUUACUUUGGCGAGGGCAAGGGCAAAGUCGCCUGGGUAGGCAGUCUGCUGAGUGGCGUUUACCUGAGUGCUGGUCCGAUUGUGUCCGCGUUAGCAAAUAAAUUUGGUUGCCGCGCAGUGUGCAUUGCCGGCAGUGUGGUGGGAUGUAUUGCGUUUGUGUUGAGCACGAUGAGCACGUCCAUCAAUAUGCUGAUGGUGACGUAUGGUGUGAUCGGUGGUUUCGGGUUCGGCAUGAUUUACCUGCCCGCAGUUGUGGCCGUCGGUUAUUACUUUGAAACAAAGCGGUCGCUGGCAACAGGUAUCGCGGUGUGCGGUUCCGGUUUUGGUACUUUCGCUUUCGCGCCUUUGGCCACGUACUUGCUACAGUUGUAUGGCUGGAAGAACGCACUGCUAAUCUUUGCUGGUCUUAUUUUGAAUUGUGCCAUCUUCGGUGCCAUGAUGCGUCCGCUCACCUAUCCUAAAAAGAAAAAGGUCAAGCCGCUUAUGCAACGCAUGUACGAGGAGAAGCAGUUGCAAUUAGAGCGCGGCUCAAUUGCUGGUUCUCAUUUCAUGGUACAGCUGCCGGACGGUUCCAUGGAGCGCAAAAUGAAAAUGCCACUGAACGCUGAUCCUGGCGUGCACUCCAGCCUGAACUUGGAGCUGCUCGCCCAGCAGGGUACUCUGCAUCCCGUCUCAACCUUACCAACUAUCACCGAAGCGAAAGUUGCCGAGUAUCAAACUGGUGCCCAGAGCCCGCCUACGGUGGACAGCAACGGUCAAUUGGAUGUGAAGCGCAGCGGCAAGAGAUCGCAUCGCAACUCUGAAACGGAAACGAGCCCCUACAAUUCCUCAGAUGCAAUGACACGCAACGCCUCACAGCCUGCCUUUAUGGCAGAUCAUCAAAGUCUUCCAAAGAACGGUUCGGUGCCUUCCUUCAAUCGCGUGCGCAAAACAUCAGCGAGCGAACGUUUCCAGCCUUCCUUGGCUGCUAUUCGGGCAUCAUCACGCGGCGACCUCGACAGCAAUGGUGUAGAAAUGGGUUUUACCUCAUCGAAAAUGUCGCUCUCACAACGCCAGGAUAGUGGCAAAAUGGUUAGACCGAUGUCGCGAAAAGAUAUCUUCUACUCGGGCUCCGUUACAAAUCUACCACAGUACCAAUCGCAAAAGUCCCUCACCAACUACCGCAACUCUGUUCUAUCGCUAACCAAGUAUGAAAAGAGCAUGCAAAGUGUGCGAGUGCUUGAUCCACUGGCCGAAGCUGAAAAAGGACGCGACCAAUACGAUCUUUGUCCGUGCCUCAGCAUACCCGACUCCAUCAAAUCUGUAUUUAACACAAUGCUGGACGUCAGCUUGUUGAAGGACCCAGUUUUUAUGCUUAUCGGCAUCUCCAACGUAUUCGGCAUGGCGGGACUGUACGUGCCAUUUGUGUAUCUUGUCGAUGCGGCCAAGAAGGACGGCAUCGAAGACAGCUCCGCAUCGUUUCUGCUCUCGAUUAUCGGCAUAACAAACACAUUUGGCAGGGUGAUUUGCGGCUACGUAGCCGAUUUUCCCAGCGUCGACUCCCUGCUGCUCAACAACGUUUGCCUCUUGGUCUCGACUGUCGCUGUGUCAUUAACGCCGCUUUGCUCUUCAUAUGGUGCCUACGUGACAAUGUCCAUUUUCUUUGGUGCCGCCAUAUCCGGCUACAUCUCACUCACGUCAAUUAUUCUCGUCGAUUUGCUAGGACUGGACAAACUGACCAAUGCAUUCGGCUUGCUCAUUCUAUUCAGAGGAUUCGCCGCCAUCAUUGGAUCACCACUUGCCGGCGCCGUUUACGAUGCAACACAGAGCUACGAUUUGCCUUUCUACAUGGCUGGCGGACUCUUCGCGUUAUCCACCAUCACGAGCUUCAUGGCGCCCUGUCUAAAGCGAUGGACAACCUCCGAUGAAGCACCAAUGCAAAUUGAUACACUCGAGCCGAUCGACGAGGAACAAGGCGAGGAAGUAGAGGAUGAGGAAGAUCAGCCCAUAACCAUCGUACCAAAAAUCGUGAAAACUCUACCCAGUCCACAGCGCGAAGAAGCCGAGAGAGAAUUUUCGGGUGAAACUAACAAAACUGGCGCCGAGUCAAAGUUAUAAGGGAAAUACAAUCAUGCACUGGAUAUUUAUUUGUUGAGUGUCAGGCGAGCAAGCCAGUUAAAGGUUACGUGAACCUAAAAAGUGUCACGUAACACAAACUGCGUUUCAAGCAAACACAAAGACACAUACAUACAUAAAUGUAAAGAGAAGGUAUGGUGUGACGCUGUCAAGACUACAAGCCACAGAGCGAUAUUUUUUUAAACAACUAUCCAAUAUAAAACUUGAAAAAGUGAAAUAAUCGCAGAACUUAUUCAAUAUUUAAGCCAACUUUUAAUACGCAUAUACACAAUACACUCACACAAACACACACAAAUUUAAAAUUCUAGCCUGCUAGUUAAUUAUUAAUAAUUUAUAGAAAUAAAAAAAAACGCUAAUCGAAACAAUAAAAGCUCGCAUUGCAACAUCGGGCUGAAGAGUGAGAAGAAGAAGAAGAGCUCAAUUCGAUGCCCACUCGUAAGGGUUUGCAUCUAUGCAAAAUGUUCUACAAAAUUUCUAACCAAAUUAUUGUACUGUACUAAUGUGUACGAAUAAUACUUAUUAAUGUGAAUGCAAAAGAAAAUGUUAAACAAUUAUUAUUAUUUGUUGUUAGGUGAAUUUCAGCAUUAUUAUAGAAUACAUGUAAAUUUGUAAAGAGAAAAUUGAAAUUGUAAAUUGAGAAGAGAUUAGAAGAAGCGAGACUCGCUGCAAAUCCUUUUAAAUCGGUAAUGUACUUGAAGCUUAAGUGUAUAGUGCUAGGCAUACCAUAACAUGUAGAAUGAUGAGAGUGAAUGUGAAUGAAAGCGAAAAUAGUAUUGUUUGCAAAUCAACUCAAAACUAUAUACAUACAUACAUAUACGUUAAUAUGUAAAUACUUUCGAUUCGAUGAAACAAUAAAACAAAAACACUGUUAACUCGUUAAAAACGAUUUUGUCGAUGUGUCGAAUAUACAAUACAAAAAAUAUAUGCAUA